GGGAUCUUAUAAGAUGCAUACCCCACUUAAUAAUAACUUUUGUGCUACAAGUUCAUUGGUUGAUGAAGAGUUUGUAGUUGGAAGAGAAAAGGACAAAGAGGAUAUCAUCCAGAUGCUAUUGAUGACUGAAUCCAGUAGGGGCAAUUUAUCUGUGAUUCCUCUAGUGGGUAUGGGAGGGAUUGGCAAGACGACCCUUGCUCAAGUUGUUUACAAUGAUGAGCGUAUAUUGAAGAACUUCGAAUUCAGAAUAUGGAUUUCUGUGUCUAUCAAUUUUGACCUGAUCGGGAUAAGUAAGUCAGUUGUUGAAUCCCUCACUGGAAAAAAAUGCAAGUUGUCUGACCUAGAUCCCAUUCAGUCUAAACUUCAAAAUCUACUAUUUGGGAGAAAGUUUCUUCUAGUUUUAGAUGAUUACUGGACUGAGAAAUAUGGGGAUUGGGAUGCUUUAUGUUCACCUUUAAGAGUUGGACGCCAAGGAAGCAAAGUUAUUGUAACAACUCGAAGCACCAUAGUGUCAUCAAUUCUUGGUACAAUUCGAGCAUAUGGUGUGCAAAGUUUGAAUGAUGAGGUCUGUUGGGAAUUGGUGAAACAAAGAGCAUUCUCAAGUAAGGAUGAAAGGGAGAAAAUGAAUUUGGAAGAAAUAGGGAGAAAAAUAGCUAAGAAAUGCAAAGGACUGCCUUUAGCAGCGAAAUGUCUUGGAGGCAUACUUCGUUUCAGAUCUGAUGAAGAGGGGUGGAAUUCCGUCUUAAACAGUAAGAUGUGGGAGCUUCCGCAGGAUCAAAAUGAAAUUUUUUCUGCUUUAAUACUAAGCUAUCAUUUCCUUCCUACACAUUUGAGAAAAUGUUUUGCAUAUUGCUCCAUUUUCCCCCCAAAUCAUGAGUUUGAAAUGGAAGAGUUGGUCCUGCUGUGGGUGGGAGAAGGGUUCAUCCAACCUAGACGAGAAAUGAGACUGGAGGACAUUGGUAAUGAUUUUUUCAGUGAAUUAAUCUGGAGGUCCUUCUUUCAAUUUUCACAUGUUAACCUACACAACCAGUCAAUAUACAAAAUGCACGAGCUUAUUCACUGUAUGGCACAGUUAAUUUCUGCAAAUACAUGCUUUCGCCUGGAGGAGGAUAUACAACAUUGGCCUCCAGCAUUUAACAAUGCUCGUCAUUUGUCCCUCUCUCAUGAAAGUGUCCAAUCAAUUGGGCCAAAGGCCUUCGCUUGGUUUAGGCAGUUACGAACUUUAAUAAUGUCUACGAAUGAUACCAGUGUCUCACAAGUUCCUUACGAACUAUUUUUGAAACUUCAAUUCCUGAGAGUGUUGAACUUGAGCCAUAUGGGCAUUGAUGAACUUCCUAGUUCCAUUGAUCGCUUGAAACAUCUUCGCUAUCUUAACCUUUCUGAAAACCACAUCCAAAAGCUGCCUGAACCAACUUCAAACCUUUUAGCUUUACAAACCCUCAAGCUCAAAAGUUGCUUUGAGUUUUUUGAACUUCCAACAAACAUGAAGAAUCUGACUAAUCUUCGACAUCUUGACUUGGAUGUAAAGCAUCAGUUAAACUACAUGCCAUCAGGUUUUGGAAAUUUAGUCAACCUCCAAACACUUAGUGCAUUUAUUGUGGGAAGAGCAAGAGGCUGUGGUAUCAGAGAGUUGAAGAAUAUGAGAUUCCUAAGAGGAUCAUUGUGCAUUACCAAUCUUGAAAAUGUGCUGAGUCCAAUGGAAGCAAAAGAGGCAAAUUUAUUCAAGAAACCAUACCUUAAAAAACUUCAGUUGGAAUGGAACUGCCUUGGGGAUAAAAUAGAUGAGCAAGAAGUACUUGCGGGCCUUCAACCUCACGAGAACCUUAAGGAGUUAUCUAUAUCAGGGUACAAUGGUGUCAUGUUUCCUAGUUGGAUAAGUAAUCCAGUGUACAAGCUCACAAAUAUUCACCUUCAUAGCUGUCUGUCUUGCUCAAUUCUCCCUUCUCUUGGGCAACUUCCACUCCUCAAAUUUCUUUGUAUUGAAGAUAUGGCUGGUUUGGUGCAUGUUGACCAUCAUUUUUGUGGCUUCGGUAGUAUUAAAGGGUUUCCAUCACUGGAGUCACUAAUAUUCCAGGACAUGCCAAAUAUGGCCACAUGGAGAGGAUUGAAUGGAGAUGAUUUGCCUUGCCUACGUGAGCUCACUAUGAGUAAUUGCUCAAGGCUAACCAGUUUGCCAUCACUUCACAACCUCAAUUUCCUCCAUAAUUUAAACAUUGGCGGCUGCCCAAGACUUCAAGCAUUACCAGAAGAAGGAUUACCAGAGUCUCUUCAACUCCUGAUCAUUGUUGACAGUGCCAUCAUCAAAGAAAGGUGCAGAGCUGAUGUGGGUGAAGAUUGGCACAAGAUAAACAGAAUACCUAAGAUAGAGAUUGAUUAUGUUGAGAUUCCCAUAGUGGUGCAUGGAGUUUAAGGUUUGCUGAUUGGUCUCUAUAUUCAUAGUGCUUUGGUGAUGGUAACAUGGAGUGUCUGGGAGCCGAGUCAAGUGAAGGAAUCAUGUUUUAAAUGUCAGAAGCAAAGUGCAAAUUUUUGUUAGUUAAAUCCAGAAUUUUUCUCUAUACAACAGUGAAAUGCAUGUUCCUGAUACGAAUGGUGCAAGCAAAAGAGAAAGCCAGUUCAUGGAGGUUAUGGCUACCUUUGAACAAUACGAAACAUCCCAUAAAUUGGUCGUUUCGUGACAAUUCAUUUCCACGGGUGACAGCUACUGAAGAUAAAGAUUGUAGUGGAAUAAAAAGUCUUGCUUGGUUUGAUCUAGAAAGAGCACGAAAGUCAACAGAUCUUUGCUUAUGCAUAUCUAAAUGAAUUUUAGCAUGAAAAAGAGGCAAAACAGGCAGCAGCACAGUUCUACAAGGAGGGGCAGCAAAAUUUGACACUCUGCAGACUGUUCUGAGUGGAAAUGUACACUCCUUUCAGUGGUUUGAUUGAUGAGUUACAGUGCAAAGAGAUUGACUGAGUUCAUCUAGAAAAUAUCAAAGAUUAUGGCACUUCAGAAGAAGUGGUUCUGCUUUGAAAGGCAUUGUGACCUGAACCUAUUCGAUGCCAUACAUUUGAAUGUGCACAUUGUUGCCGUAAAUAGUAGAUGACAAAUACAUUAUAUUUAUAGUUGACAAAUAUAUUGUAAACUCUUUCCUUGUUCUAUGUCAAUUUAUAAAUUUAAUGACUCAAGUUUUGAGUUUGUUUGCUGCAUUACAGUGUGUCAAA